GAUAGUCCCCUUGGACUUGCGACAUAUGUAGCUGUAGUAUAUGUAUAUAUAUAUUUCAAGCUUAUGCAAGUUGAUACAAGCCUUGCACAAUGGAUCAUGAUCGGUCAGAGCAAGUAAGGUUUCGAGUGUUUUGGUUAAUCUUCACUGCCAUUCACCUCUUCCACCUCUCAUCUGCCACCUCCAACCUUGGAAACCACUCUGAUCUUCUGGCUUUACUAGCUUUCAAGGAUGGAAUAACUCAAGACCCACUUCAUAUCAUGAAAUCCUGGAACGAUUCUCUCCAUUUCUGUAAGUGGGCAGGAGUCACAUGCAACCUCCAUGCAAACCAAAGAGUCACACUUCUCAACUUGGAAUCUCAAAGGUUAGCUGGAACUUUAUCUCCUUACAUUGGAAAUCUUACUUUCCUUUCUACUAUCAACCUGCAAAAUAACAGCUUCCAUGGCGAGAUUCCUCAAGAAAUUGGUCGUUUGACACGUUUACAAGAUCUCCGUUUGACGGAUAAUUCCAUAGGAGGCAAGAUUCCUUUCAAUCUUACUAACUGCAUGGACCUCAUAACCCUUAAUUUAUCUUCCAACAACAUCUCAGGGUACAUCCCAGACCAGCUUAGUUCACUCUCCAAUAUACAAAUUCUUGGCCUCGGACGUAACUUUCUGACGGGAAGCAUCCCACCAUGGUUGGGGAAUUUUUCAUCUCUGUUCAAUCUCUCUCUCUUGCACAAAAUAGUUUCCAAGGAAGCAUACCUGAUGACCUUGGACGGCUAUGUUGCUUAGGAAAGUUUCAAGUUUCCAGAAAUGAUC